GAUGCCAAAUGUUCAAUGAAGUUGCGUUGCACCUACUCUUUAACUUUAUUCUUUCAACGUCCCACACUCCCUACCUUUACAUUCUUCCUUUCCUUCUUCCUUUCUUCUUUCUAUAGCUAGCUAAAUCAAAUAAACAAUUUGGACUCAUUGAUGGCUUGAAAACAGAGCACUAGGAUUCAAGCUCAAGCUCUACCAAUGGCGAAAACCAGCAUUGGAUUGUACUUCAACAGGUUAUUUUCUCUUCUUCUCCUCCUCCUUCUCCACCUGGGUUGCUUCGUUUUUACAGCCAGAGAUCAUCACCGAAAACAGAGCAAGAAAAGGAAAAUCUCUCCCCUGUCUCCUUCCUCUGUUUCUUCCUCUUCUCGAACCAAACCUCACAAAGCCCUCUCAUGUCUUUGGUCUUUUAUCAAACGCAUUUUCUCUUCUAAACUCUGCAAAACAAACUCCGGCACGCGCCCCGCAACACCAACCCAAACCUCUGCUAGAAACUCCCUGCAGCAUUCGUUGGUUUCCAUGAAUCCAACCGAAACCCAUUUGCAUGAUGCUGAAAAACCAUCUGCAUCUUGCCCGGAAUGGGAUAUUUCUGCCGACAACCCCUUUUUGCCUCUCCGGAACGACAUCUUCCCCUGUACUGCAUGCGGUGAGAUUUUCCAGAAACCACAAUUUCUAGAACAGCAUCAAGCAACCAAACACGCCGUAUCGGAGCUAAUCGAUGGCGAUUCUGGGAACAACAUAGUCCGGAUCAUAUUCAAAACGGGUUGGACAGAUACAGAGAAGAACCCAGAAAUAUACCGGAUUCUGAAGAUUCAUAACAGUCCUAAAAUUCUGGCCAGAUUCGAGGAGUACAGAGAAUUCGUCAAGGCCAAAGCAGCACGAAGCGGCAGCGCCCCAUGGAGAAGAGACGAGAGGUGCAUGGCCGACGGGAACGAGCUCUUGAGGUUUCACUGCUCGACGUUCAUGUGUGAUCUGGGGUCGAAUGGUAAUUCAAGCAUUUGCAAUCAACAGUACUGCAGCAUCUGUGGCAUUAUAAAAUCGGGAUUCUCAGUGAAACUGGACGGAAUUCCGACGUUGUCGAGUACCUGGAGAGCACACGUGACGGUUCCUGAUGAAGUUGAGGAGGAGUUCCAAUUCAUGAACGUGAAACGAGCGAUGCUGGUGUGCAGAGUGGUGGCGGGUCGGGUGGGGACGGAGUCGGACGAGGUGGACAAGGAGGACGGCGGGUUUGACUCGGUCGUCGGAAGGGGUGGCAGUGGGGCCCGCACGAGGAUCGACGAGGAGGAGCUAUUAGUGUUUAAUCCGAGGGCUGUACUUCCUUGCUUUGUGAUUGUCUACUCUCUGUGAGUGUGGUGAUUCAUAAUUAAGAUCAUUAUCAGAC